AUACUGGGUGCCACCAAUAUUUAAAUUCUUCCCACACUUUCCCUGGUCCUUCUUUCUCUUUCUUUCUCGCUCUCAUUCUCACACAUACACACUCCAUUCCACUCUCAUUCACUCCAACCAUGUCUGCGACCAAGUCCAACCCCCGCCAGUCCUGGAGCGUCAGCGCCUCCAUCACCUCGAAGCGUACCUCCAAUCCCAUUCGCGCCAUCGUCGAUCAUAUUAAAGUCAAGCCCAAUGCCAACAAGUCUAUGAUCUCCCUCGCUCUCGGUGACCCCACCCUCUUUGGCAACUUCAAGAUCCACCAGUCCUGCACAGAUGCUGUCAUCAAGGAGGUCACCUCGUACAAGAGCAACGGAUACCCUCCCUCGACUGGAUAUCCCCAUGCCCGCCAGGCCGUCGCUGAAAAGUUCACCCUUCCCGAGGCCCCUCUCACUGCCCAGGAUGUGAUCCUUACUAGUGGAUGCUCCGGUGCCUUGGACAUGUGCAUCGGCGUCCUCUGCAACGAAGGCGACAACAUCCUUUUGCCUCGCCCCGGCUUCUCGCUCUACCAGACUUGUGCCGAUUCGAAGGGCAUCGAAGUCCGUUACUAUGAUCUCUUGCCCGAGAACAACUGGGAGAUGGAUCUGAAGCAAUUGGAGUCGCUGAUCGACGAGCGCACCGCCACUGUUGUCAUGAACAACCCCUCUAACCCCUGUGGCUCCGUCUUCAGGAAGCAGCACCUGCUCGAUUUCUUGGCCGUCUGCGAGCGUAACCACUUGCCCGUGAUCGCCGACGAGAUCUAUUGCGACCUUGUCUUCUCUGGCAACGAGUUCUACUCUCUGGCCUCGUUGACCAAGACCGUCCCCGUGCUCUCGGUCGGCGGUCUCGCCAAGAAGUACCUGGUUCCUGGAUGGAGACUCGGCUGGAUCUUCAUUCACGAUCGCAACGACAUCUUUGCGGCCGAGGUCCGUGAUGGUCUCAACAGCCUGUCGCAGCUGAUCCUGGGUCCCAACUCGGUGAUCCAGGGCGCUCUCCGGGACAUUCUCCAUAACACGGACGAGUCCUUCUACGACGAGACCCGUGCCCAGCUCGAGGCCAACGCCAAGUUGAGCACUGACAUUUUGUCCAAGGUGCCCGGACUCAAGGUCAUCGUCCCCCAGGGAGCGAUGUAUGUGAUGAUCGGGAUCAACAUCAACGAGUUCAAGGAUAUCCCCAACGACAUUGUCUUCACGGAGAAGUUGUUGGGUGAGGAGUCUGUGAUGUGUCUGCCCGGAUCGGUCUUCCAGUGCCCCAAUUUCAUCCGCAUCGUCUUUACUUCUCCUCCUGAGGUUCUUCAGGAUGCCUACAACCGUAUGACCGAGUUCUGCGCCCGCCACCACGUUUAAAACUACUAUAUAUACACACACAGCAUCAAUAAUAUCGCAUUGAGAUAUAUAGAAUAGGUGUAUCUGGAUGCAUGUAAAUAAAAAGAAAAGAAAAAAAGAAGACCCACAAAAGCUAU